UUUGUUUGAAUUUCAUUUUUUGUUUUCCUCAAGAUUGUGGAAGAAUUUGAUUUUAUUUUGUCAAGAUUUUGUUUGAUUUUGAUUUUUUGUGAAAAUGAAACCUAUUCCGGAAGAACUUAAAAACAAGCUGUGGGCUUGCCGUCGAAAUAUCACCAUGUUGCCAGCUAGACGUUGGGAUAAAUAUCAAACACUGAAUUUGAAAAUAGAAUUAAUGUAUUUGCAUGAACAAUUGGUUGAAUUAUUGGAACCUGAUGAAGAUGUACCGGAUGCUUUAUUGAAAAUGAUGAUUUUAUAUGAUGGUCGUGUUAAUGAUUUUUUGAAACGUUUUGAUUUACCGGAAGUUAACAACCGAUCUGUGAAGAAUAAAGAUAUUGUUCAACAAAAGGAAAAGCUAUCUUUGGAUUCUUCGAUCACAAAAAUAAGGGUUGAUCAAUUACCGAUGUUUGAUGGCGAAUUUUCAAAUUGGAAAGUUUACAAAGGUAUGGUCGAAAAUUUGUUAAUAUACAAUAUUUCAUUUAAUGAAGAAUUGAAAAAAUCGAUAUUAUUGAAAACAAUGACAAAUGAACCAGCCCGUAUUGUUAAUAAUUUGAUCGGUCAACAAAUGUCAUCGCCAGAUAUUUGGAAAAAAAUAUGUGAAAAAUUCGAUGUUCAUCAAGAUGCGAUUUUAGAAAUUAAAAAUGAAUUGAAUCUAAUCCACCAAAUUGAUAACGAAAAUCAAACUUUGAACUUGAAGAAAGAAAAAGAUAUUGUUGAAUUCAAAAAUGAACAAUCAUCUACACCUGUAGAAGAGUUGAUGGAACCGGAAUUAGAAAAAGAUUUGAAUUUCGACAAUGAUGAUUUGAACAACGAUAGAGAUAAAGAUGAUGUUAUUGAGUUCAAGCGACGAUUUGAUCAAGUGAUUGGACGUUUUUUCGAUCCGUAUGAAUACCUUGAUUUACGAAAAUUGAAAUUAAGUUCUUGGAAUCGUGAAGUUUUGACCAAUGAUUGGGAUGAACGAUUGUCUGAUCAUAAUAUUAAUGGAGCGUUGUCUCUUUUAGACUGUGUGGAAGAAUUGAAGAAAUUGAAGAUGAAUCGUAAUCUUGUUACUGGUGGUGACGUUCAUGCUUUUGCUGAUGUCAAAUUUCAUUUUCCGAACAAAGUAACGAUUUGGUCAGAUUCGAUGAUGAAUUUACAUCGUCAUGGCUCGUCUUUCAAGAAUCUCGAAUUAGCUGAUCGUAGUAGAAUUAUUGAUUCAAAUUAUUGUUUGAAAAAUUUUAAAUUUGUUGUUGAUGCGAAUUGUUUUGAUUUUAAAGAUUCAAAUUUAUUCAAAACUCAUCGAAUAUCGUCAUUGAGUACAAAAGAUUUUGAAUUUGCUGAUCAAGUUGAAGAUUUUGUUGAAAAAUUGUUACCUAUUGGAAACACAGCAAUUUACCGGUGGAAUUUAAUUUUCAAAUUGGCUCAACAUGGUCAUGAUGUUGAUAAAAUUAAAUUACCAAUUAUUAUUGAUGAUAUUAUUGAAAUUAAAACUCGGGAUCCUAAUUAUUGUCCUAUAUGGAUACCGAAAAAUUCGUCUUUGGUUUUUCGUUUAUUUUUGGAAAAAUUGACGUAUGAUUUGAUGAUUUUUGUGGAUAAGCUAUUACCUCUAGGUAAUACAUCAAUGAAAAGAAUGAUUUUGAUCUACCGAUUUUAUCGUAACCGAAAGAAAAUGAUUUACGAUAAUGAAAUUUUUAGCAAAUUGGAUAACCGAAAAUUUGAAUGGAUAUUUUUUCCACCUGGUGCAUUCGUAAUUGCAUACGGACGACAACAACCGACAAACGUUGAUGUUUUGGAAACAAAUGGAAUUUGGCCGAUUCGUUUGAAAGUUUUUCGAUUUAAAUUUAAAAGAACUGGUAUUCAUGAUUUAGUGUCUUACGAUCGUAUUUUCAGAUGUAAUUUAUGGCUAAUCGNUUUAUUAGAUGACAACGAACUGAUAUUCCCUUUCCGCGCCGGGAGUGUCAUGAAGCAAAAACAUUCUAAAAUCAAGUUCGAUGUUCCGAACUUAAAUCUUUGUUCUAUUCGAACUUUUGUUCUAUUCAAACUUUUGUUCUUAAUUGUUCUAAACUAUUUUUUAAGUCAUUCGGUGUCUAGAAGCGAAUCAUGAAUAAACUAUUAGAUUU